AUGGGCUUCUUCAAGCAUCUCCGUGCCAAAUCUCACAACAAGCACGAAAGCAGCAACAACAGUCCAAAGCGAUCUUCUCCCCUUGCUAUCCGCCCCGGACGUGACUUUGCUGCCAAGCUCCCCAAUGACAUUCUUACAAAGAUCAUGGUGCAGGUCGCGCCGCAUACCCAGGACACGACAUACGAGCCUAGUGAAAGGUCAACCGUCGGCGAGGGGUGUAUGCUGUGUGACUUGAGAGAUUUGGCCAAGGCAGGCCAAGUCUGUCGCCGCUGGUAUAACGCCGCUGCCACUGUCUUGUACAGUAGCGUUCGUAUCGAUGCCGUCCACUACUGCGAGCUCGAGGAGAUACUCGCCGAGAAAAGACAGAAAAAGACAUUCCUGAAAGCUCCCAUCGAGUCUGGCGACGUUCCCACCAUCAGACUGGCUCUCUUCAGCCGCACCGUCCGAGAAAACCCCAACCUGGGACAUGGCGUGACCAUGCUCAAGCUACCCUACAUGACACGAGAAACAGCAAAGGCCGACCUUGCCCGUACCAUAUCAGUUCUACCCAACUUGAAGUACGUCGAUCUGCCAGACGGCGCUUUCAAUGGCGAUCCCAACUGCAUGCCGCUGGUCCACGAGCUACAAGCACGCUGUCCAGAUGUCCGCAAAAUGAGCUACAGGCAAGGCUCAGAAGGCUCGUUCGAACAACUCGCUCGUCGCAACUGGCAAUCGCUGGAAAUCAUCGAGAUCUCAGGCAUUCACGUUGAGCCCAGCACUCUGCGUAUUGUCCUCGGCUCCCUACCGGCUCUGCGCGAACUCACCAUGACCGACCUCCCGUGGCUGGACGACACCAUCUUCUACCAAUCCCCCAUGCUUCCAGACUUCCCCGCUCUACACACGCUGGCCUUGGAAAACACACCCAGAAUCACCGCCGAGGGCAUGGGCAUCUACUUCGAGAAACCCCUCAACCGCAACACGCUCUACGAUCUCUCGCUGAACGGCACCGGUAUCGACCCCGUCCAUCUACACCAAUUCCUGUUCGACGCUUCCUCUCUGCACUCCCUAUCAAUCAUCGAAACCGUCUCCAAUUCUCUCGCGCUCUCACUCAACGACCUGCCACCUCUCGAGUCCAUCUCGCUCAAAAUUCUCCACUUCGAACUUACCGACUCAGAAGAUGCCCAUGGCCUACAAAAACCCGCUGCUUCAUACUAUGCAUAUCUAGCUCAGUCACUACAUGCCAAUGGUCUGCCAGCUCUUUCGCAGCUCUAUGUCCGCGAUCCCGACUUUGCUGAGAUCAUGCUCCUACCUGCACCUCCCACGCCUUUCAUGGACGGCGGCGGCAAUCAACGCCAAAGUGUCGUUGGAGCCAUGAACCCUCCUCGUGGCUUACAUCAGCCCCUUGAAGUUUUUUCCAAGGGUCUGGACGAGGUCGAAUGGGCCUUCACAGCCUACCAACCACCUCCUCCGUCGCAUGGUCGUAACGGAUCAGGAAGUACUGGACGCCCGCAAAGCGCAUAUGGUGCUGCUCGUGGUCUUGGUCCUCAAUGGGCACAAGGUGGAUUCGGUGGCGAUGCGCGCAAGAGCGUCAUUGUUGGAAACGGCUAUGGCGGCUUCCUAGCACUGCCGCAAGAAGAAUCACGACCACGAUCAUCAGCCGGCCACGAGUCUCGUAGCUGGGGCAGUAGCAGUCCUGGACAUGGAGGCGGUGCGCUCGCCGCUCUUGCUACCAUGGGCACUAGUCCUCCGCCGAAGAUUCCCGGUGCCGAAGGUGGUGGCCACAAGCGUGCUGGCAGUCGACAAGAUCUGUGGCGAUGA